AUGGAACGCCAAGAAACUGCAGUUGAAAUCGAACAAUCGCCAUUGCCUCCCGCUGACAGGGGAAAACAAGCAUGGCUCGUCUUGGCUGGAUGUUCACUGAUUCAACUUCCCGUAUGGGGCUAUUCUCUCGCCUAUGGCGUGUUCCAAGAAUACUACGGCAGCCACCCCAAUUCAUUUGAAGGCGACACCAGCAGCAUCGCCGUGAUUGGCACCACAAUGACGGGUAUCAUGUAUCUCAUAUCGCCCUUCACAUUCACAGUCCUCAGUAGAUGGCCUCGUCUACGCCCCUGGUUCGGCCCCAUUGGGCUGAUCCUCACAACAACUGGCUUCCUCAUGUCCUCGUUCGCAACGAAGGCUUGGCAACUGAUCGCAACGCAAGGAGUGAUCUGCGCUCUCGGCUGCGGACUCAUGUUCACGCCGACAACCCUGUACCUCGACGAAUUGUUCAUCAAGCGGAAGGGACUGGCUUAUGGCGUUAUGUGGGCUGGAAAGUCUGCGGCUGGGGUAGGAAUUCCGUUCGCCAUGGAAGCGCUGUUGCAACGGUUCGGGCCUGUACCCACACUUCGCGCAUGGAGUGUUGUCACGGUUCUUCUAUCAGCCCCUAUCAUCUACUUCCUCAAACCUCGAAUCCCUCUCUCUCAAUCGACUGGUGUCCGCCGAAUUAGUCUCAGCUUCAUCCACCUCCCCUCCUUCUGGAUGCUGCAAAUCGGAAACAUCCUCCAGUCCCUCGGGUACUUCCUCCCAUACACUUACCUCAGCACCUACGCCGUCCAGCAACUUCACGUUUCCACUACUAUCGCCACUACUCUUCUCGUCUUGAUCAACGUCACCUCCAUCCCAGGUGGCAUCGUCAUGGGCAGCCUUGGAGACCACCUGCGCGUAACGACGGUGAUUCUCAUAUAG